AUGACCGCCGAGAGCCGGCUGCCGCCGGGCUCCCCGCCGCCGCCACCGCCGCUGAAGGCGGACGCGGCGCCGCCGGGGGAGGCGGCGGCGGCGGCGGCGGAGGGGGCGCGGGGCGGGCGGCGGCGGCGCAAGCGUCCGGCGGAGCGGGGCAAGCCGCCCUACAGCUACAUCGCCCUCAUCGCCAUGGCCAUCGGGCAGGCACCCGAGCGGCGGCUGACGCUGGGCGGCAUCUACCGCUUCAUCACCGAGCGCUUCCCCUUCUACCGCGACAGCCCCCGCAAGUGGCAGAACAGCAUCCGCCACAACCUCACCCUCAACGACUGCUUCGUCAAGGUGCCGCGGGAGCCCGGCCGCCCCGGCAAGGGCAAUUACUGGACGCUGGACCCCCACGCCCGCGACAUGUUCGAGAGCGGCUCCUUCCUCCGCCGCAGGAAGCGCUUCAAGCGCAGCGACCUCUCCACCUACCCGGCCUUCCUCGCCGAGCGCCCCGCCGUGCCCUGCCGCCUCUUCCCGCUGCCCGCCCCGCCGCCCGCCGCCGACCUGCCCCCGGCCCCCGCCGCCGCCGCCUCCUGCGCCUUCGCCGCCGCCGCCUUCCCGGCGCAGGGCUGCGCUGCCGCCGCCCUGCCCCACGCCUACGCCCCGGUGCCCACCGCUCCCGGGCCCUACGCGCCGCCCGGCCCCGGGCAGCUGUACGCGCCGUCGGGGCGCAUCGUGCUGCCCGCCUCGCCGCCCGCCCCCGCCCCCGCCGGGCUCUACGGCCGCCGCUCCCCCGCGCCCUACCCGCCGCUGCCCCACGCCUACGGCGCCGGAGGGCAGCUGGUCGCCGCCGAGCCCGGACCGCGGCACGGAGCCUACCCCGGCGGCCCCGACAGGUUCGUCCCGGCGCUCUGACCCAGCCCCGGGAGAGGCCGGGCGGCCCGACGGCGCGGACCCGGAGCCCGGGAGAGGGGCGGGCUGUGGCGCUCGCCCCGCGCCGCUGGACCCGGGGCUGCCCAGGAAGAUGCUGGAGGACCUUGGGCUGUGCCUCUGCACCCUGCCACCUGCCCGGGCCUCCUGGCACGGAGCACCACCGCCAGCCGUGGGGGCCUGGGGGGCCCUGCCCAGCCCCGUCCGCUCUUGCCAGAGAAGCCCUAGGGGCUCCCAAGUGCCUGGAUGGGGCAAAACAGCCCCUUCCUCUUCAACCACCUUUCCUGGGGCAGGUGCUGAAAGCUUCCUGGCAGGCCCCCGCUCUCCUGGCACACCCAGCUGGGCCCCCUGGUCUAUCCGGGAAGAUCUAUCUCACUUUUAAAAAUCUAUCCGCUGUUGAUGAUUUUAUUUACAGAAGAAAAUGUCUGCGGGGGCCCGGGAGGAGGGAGGCAGGGGGAAUUGUUCCCCUGCCUAGUGCAGCCAAAGCUGUAAAAGCGGGGUGCGUGGCACUAACGUGGUGUCGUGUCCCUGGUGUUGCACAGGGCUAUCGCGUUAGUGCCAGGCUUCACACCAACAACGUGGCCAGGGCUGGGGAAGGUUUGGAUGCCAGGGUUGCAGCCCAGCCCAGCAAGUCAGAUCCCUCCGGGGGUCAUGCUCUGUGCUGCAGGGGUGGGAGAAUAGUGGGAUUGGAAGGAUAAAGACUUUGACCAUCAGCAUGCUAAGCCCCUGGAAGAGGGACCCUGCGAAUCUGUGGGAUCUCUUCCCUUGGAGGUUUUCCCAACUCGAUUGGACAAAGCCUGGGUGACCUGAUUUGUCUUUGGAGUUGGAUCCAACAUUGAAUUUGGACCUGCUUUGAGUGGAGACCUGGGCCAGAGGUCUAUGGAGGUCCUUAUAUCCUUAAUUACUUUGACCCUAAGGUCAGCCCAGCUCUGGCUGUAUCCUAGAGAAAUUAGCAUCUAUGGGGAAAAACUUUCCUUCCUGAAACAAGUGAGAGAGGCAGGACAUGGUGCCUUCGAUUGCUCCCCUUUCGAGCUUUCCUAGGAUGGAGAAAAAGCUAGAGGAAAACAUGGAGAGGGGACAACUGAUAGGAAUUGCUGUGAAAGGCAAAGGCUUGAAAAUAGAUCCAUGGGGUAACUCAGGCAAAUCCCUUCCAACAGAUCCCACCACCCCUGGAAGGGGCCCACAGAGUUGGUGGAUGCCCAGGGCUCUGCCUGGAGCUGUGAGUGGAGAGGAAGCAGACGUAGCCCUGCUACUGUCCAGAUCUCCUUAUCCAGCUCCUUUUUCCUGUGGAGAUGGGAGCCUGUGUGACCAGGGCCAGGACGAGGUUGGUGAGGAGUACUGCAGCAUGGUGGGGCCUUGAAUGGGGGGAGGUAGGUGGAAAGUGCAGCCAGAGCCUCGGCAGGAUCUUUGGAAUAGCAGAGAGGGUGCACAUACACCAGGGUCUCUCUCACCACAAACAGGUUCAGAUCAUGGUAUAACUCAGGUUGGAGGAGACCUUGGCAAGUUUCUGUUCUGACCUUGUGCUCAAAGCAGGGUCAGCUGUGAAUCAGACCAGGUGGCUUGGGCCUAUCUAGCUGAGUCCUGACAACCUCCAAGGAUGGAGACAGCACAGUUUCUUUGGGCAUCUUGGCUGUCCUCAUGAGGGAGAAGUUUCAGCACCUCUCUAGUCUCAUUUCAUGUCUACUGUCUCUUGUCCUGCUCCUAUGCACUGCUGCAAAGAGCUCUGAUCCCAUGGAAACACCUGUAUCUUCUGCUCUGUGGAGGAUUUUUCAGAUGAGGUACUCAGCAGGAUGAAAUUUGUAUAGAGGCAGGUUCCUUGCCUUCUCUGGGUGCUAAGGUCCAGGUAUCUAAGUGGGACACGAGAGGGAGGAAAUGGAGUGGAACAGGAAGGUGGCUGGGUAUCCCCACAGCACAGUUGGGGGUGGAAGAGGCUAAAGCCCUCUGGAGUAGGUGGACAGGAGAAGUAUGUCUGCGUUCCAUGGGGUCCUGAGGUAGGAGAUGAGUGUUGGAUUCAAGGCACCCAUCCCUCUCUCAGAACGGUCAGGAUGGCAUGUCGUGGGUGAGCCAUGGGCUGGGAGGCUGGGUCUGGUCUGGUACUGCUGCCCCUUGUCAAUCUGGACCUUUUCGUGGUACUGCAGGAAACUCUACUGCCUGCACACAGAGCUGGGGAGGUUCCGUUGCCAUCAGUGGGGGGCACAGGUGGCACGUGUAGGCAUCAUUCAAAUCUUUGGUGUGGUGAUGUGAAUCAGAUUUUUCCCUGCCUUGCUUUCCAUCCUGAAGAGCUGCGUUGUCUUUCAAUAAUCCUUCCUGGUCCUGGUGCACCCAGAAACUGCUUCCAUCCUGGAAAGAGUGGAGUCCUGCCUCUGCAGCUUGCCUGCCUCUACCUGGGGCAGGUCUCCUCAGCAGCCGUGCUAGCUCUGCUCCUGACUUCUCCCUUCACCAGCUGGAAGAGAAGCCUUACACCUGGCUGCGACAGCUCUUAAGUUUUUGACAGCUGCCUGCUGGCUCUCUGCUUUCAUCACCUGCAAGGACUGGACUGCGUCCCUUUGCUAGCAAAUCAUGCUGACCUCUUACUGGUUUGGGGGUAGCUGGAAGAGGAAUUGUCCUGCCUCUUAAUGCCUGCCUUCCUUCCUGUAGGAGCAGUUAUCAAUGUGGACUGGAUCGUUUUCCUGAGCCUAGAGGUCUUCUGGCCCUUGUUCCCCAUUACUUCAACCUGGUUUUAUUCUCUGCUCGAGGUGCAGUCUGAAAAAACAAAGGUCACCAAUGAUGAUACAGGUCUUGUGUAAGCUGCUCCUGACCUCAGAUAGCAUCUGUAGCAAGUUCAGGGAGCGAAACCCAGUGUCAGGAGGACAUGCAUGAUAGAUAUUGAUGACGCAGAAGGCACAAAUUGGGUGGGUUCAGUUGUCUAUUGUUUGCAGAUAAGGUCUAGAUGCUUGUUCUUAUUUCUCACAAGCUAGGGAAACCAGACCUUUCUGCAGCAGGUGCAGUGAUGAGCCUGUUGCAUUGAGGACCUGAGACACGUGGCCACAAACUGUUUAAACUAAAGCCACAAGCAGCUGGAAGCCCUGGGCAGGAGCUCUGAGCUCAGUGAAGAGCUACAUGGACCCUUCAAGGGACUCUACAUCUGUGUGGGGUCUCUGUCCUUUGGGGUUUUCAAGACAAAAAUAGACAAAGCUAUACCUGCCCUGUGCUAGUGCUGGCAAUACUCCAACCUCCUGCCUGUGGCAGGCCUGGAGACUCCAGAGAUCCCUUCAUACCAGCACUGCCCUGUUUUUGUGGCUAUUGCAACCUCUUCGAGCUGUCGUGCAGUCUCAGACACAAAGGGUACACUGAACAUUACAGGUCUGUCCAGGCUCUACUUUGUGGCAGCAGGAUGUGCUGACCCUGUGCUUGUGCAUGUGGCUAUGUGUCUCAUGCGACUGUGUGACCACUGACAGAGGAAGAUAUGGUUGUUGCAUCCUUGGGGAGCCAUGCGGUUGGGCCUGCCUGUGAGGAUAUGGGGAUAUGCCAUGGGGAUAUGUUAAACAUUUGGAUCUCAAUGUAUUUUUGGCUGGCACUUUGCUUGUAAUUCUCAGGCACCAUCCAGAAUACGGAAAAUUUUGAUUUCUGGAAGCUUUAUUGUAAAUAUCUGAGGGCGUUCCUUUUAGCAAAGUUAAUCUAAGUUUCAAACUAGUCUUUUGAUUUCUGGGAGAAGAGUCCAAUAGGUUUGGGUUAUAACCCUGUAGGAAACACUAAGUGUAAGCACUGAUGAGAAGAAAGAAGGGCCUUGAAAGUGCUCAUUCCUCAAAGGACAGAGCCUUUCGGUUCCUGUUCUGCCCAAAUUCUGGUAUGGUCAGGCCCUGCGCUGACUUUGAGAAAGAGAUGGAUUGUUACAGCCUAGGAGAACAUUUUAUUAUGUAUUGCAGAUCUUUUUUAUUUACUCUCCUACUUCACUUGUAAUGGAAAUAAAUCUUUGUUCUGUUGUUUGUAA